GUAAUUGGGAGGAAAUGAACUUCAUGAUGUAUUCUCAGUGUUUUUAUAAGCUAAGGCAAUUACUCAAUGCAUGCAGCAGUCAGUAUAUUGCAAGAAGAUAAGAAUGAAACUGUCAAUCUUCUUGUUCCUUUAUUGCAUUUGCUGUACAAUUGGAGGGCCUGUAUUUAAAGACUGUUAUGACAUACAGUGGAGGAACAAAGCUGCUAAUAGAUGUAGCUUCAGUGGCAUCUAUGAAGUAAAACCUACAAAUGAUGUAACUCCAUUUAAGGUCUACUGUGAUAUGAAGACUGGGGAUGGAGGAUGGACUGUAAUACAAAGAAGGAUGGAUGGCAGUGUUAACUUUUAUCGAAAAUGGAGAGACUAUCAGUAUGGGUUUGGAAACCUCCAUGGAGAGUUCUGGCUUGGACUGGAUAAAAUAAGUCGUUUGACAGAAGCACAAAGCUGCCUCAGGGUUGAUUUGGAAGAUUUUGAAAAAAAUGUGAGAUAUGCCAAUUAUUCUGUAUUCUCUGUUCGUGGUCCCAGGACAAACUACUGGCUAACAAUUGGUGGAUACAGUGGAAAUGCUGGAGAUAGUUUGGCUUUUCAUAAUGGAAUGGGAUUCACUACAAAAGAUAGAGAUCAUGAUAAUAAUCGUGAUAGUAAUUGUGCUGAACUAUUUAAAGGUGGCUGGUGGUACAAUGCUUGUCAUGCAUCCAACCUCAAUGGCUGGUAUCAAUAUGGACCUACCGCUUCAUAUGCUACUAGUGUUGUAUGGGCCCACUUCAAGGGACAUCAUUAUUCACUCAAGUUUACUGAGAUGAAGGUUAAAAGAUGUUCAACUUAGUAAAACUUUGAGAUAAAUUAUGUAGCAUUAGAUCAUAAGGUUUAUAUUAAUUGCAAAGUUUGUUUAUUCAGUUUGAUAUUGUAACUAA